GGUGGUGUGGGCGGGUCGGGGGAUACGUGUGCCACGGUCUUACAGUCGAUCGCCAGUUUCGCUGGUCUCGAGGAGAGCAACGGUGGUGUGGCCGACAUCGUACAUCAGGCAGGCGGGCAGGGCUACGACGGUCAGAACCCUUCUUUCGCGCCGCAACUCGCUCACGAAGACAUCGAGAACGGUGUUCGGGUGCUGAGCUGGGCUCAGCAAGAGUCGCACGACCAAGGACAGACCUCCUCCUUGCUGACGCAGACCAGCAUUCGCGACGUCGGCUUUGCGUAUGAGAUCACCUAUCAAUGGUACAAUUUUGGUCCACAGUAUGUAGAUUUCAUGGAUCUACCCUGGAGCGGUUUUGAUGCUGAAGUCGCGCCGCACACGGCAGAGGGCAAUCCGGACGGCUCAUGGUCCUGGACGGAGCACACCGAUGGGUUUGAAUACGAACCACGCGAUCUGACCGCAGGGGGUGGGUGGGUCGCUUUCGCACGAGAUCACGACGAGGACGGGUUGGCCGUAGGAAUAUAA